AGAGCAGAGUUAAAAUUUUUUGCUGAGUGAUUUGAGUGCGAAAUUUGCUGAGUGAUUUGAAUAUGUUUCACAUUUAAAAACAUUGGAAGUGAGAUUUAGGUGUAUUUGGGAUUGGGUAUUAAUUUAUUGCCAUGGUUGCAUGGAUGAAGAAAGGGAUGCUCUCCAGCAAAUCAGAAGUUCAAUAAACAGUCCACAGGGAACUGCUUUUUCAAGUUGGUAUGGGGAAGCCUGUUGCCAGUGGGAGGGUGUUGAGUGCAAUCCAUCGACAACUCGUGUCAUUAGGAUCAGCUUUCGCCAUAGGAGGGACCAAAGCUUGCCUGAAUUAUGGUACCCAAAUGCUACCUUAUUUGCUCAGUUUAAGGAUUUGCAAGAACUUAAACUACCUGGAAAUCAAAUUGGGGGAUUCAUUUCACCUAAUGAGCUUGCACGACUUAAGCAGCUUCAGAAGAUUGAUGUCCAUGACAACUCCAUAGAAGUUGGAUCUCAUCUCUGUUGGGGGAAAAUUCCUCCACUUCGUUUCCUAGAUUUGUCAAGAAACAAGUUACAGGGUAACAUUCCAAAAUGCAUGUGUGAGAAUCCCCAUGUCAAAGAGCUCUUUCUGUCUGAUAACUUUCUCAUUGGAAACGUUGACGGAUGCUUGAGAAAUAUGACUUCACUUAAAUAUCUGGAUCUCUCUCAUAAUAGUUUCAAUGGUUCCUUUCCUUCUUUGCCAAUUAGCAACCUAACAAAUAUUCAGUCAGUUAUUCUAUCAAGAAAUGAGUUCAAGGAUAGGAUUUCACUUUCCCACUUUGCAAAUUUAUCGAGGCUAAGUCUCCUUGACAUCUCGUGGAAUUCAUUGGAAGUGGAAACCGAGUCCAUAACUUGGAUUCCUUCUUUCAAUCUUUCCAUGCUAAAUUUAGCUGCUUGCAACCUCAAGACCAUCCCCAAUUUCAUCUCCUCACAGAGGCACUUGGAAUCAAUAGAUUUAUCUUACAAUUCACUGACAGGGAAGAUUCCUUCAUGGAUGCUUGAUAACGUCUCUAAAGAAUUACAGCUAAGCGGCAAUGGUUUCACAGGGCCGUUUCCUAAGUCCUUUCAAAAUAGUUCACAACUUACUAGACUUGACAUCUCUGACAAUACUUUAUCAGGGUCAUUAUCAGAAGAUAUUGGUCUGGAUUUUCCAGAAUUGCGUUAUCUAAAUGCUUCCUGCAAUAGUUUCAUUGGCAGGCUUCCUCCAUCCUUCGAUAGAAUGAAAGAGCUUAUCUUUCUGGAGCUAUCAAGGAAUCAAUUCCAUGGAGAAAUCCCUUAUAGCAUGACAAGCAAUAUGAGCUCCCUUGAAUACUUGGGAUUGUCUCGAAACAACUUGACAGGAGACGCACUUCCAAAUAAUUCCAGCUUGCCUAACUUGAGGUAUCUUUAUCUUGGAAGAAAUCACUUCAUUGGAAUCUUCCCAGAUAGUUUGAGAGAGAGCAGGGAUUUGCUGCUUCUUGACUUGACAGAAAACAGCAUGUCAGGUGGCAUUCCGAAGUGUAUUGACAAUAUUACUUCAUGGACAGAAAACAGUCCUCACCAGUUUCCGCGGCACUCACUUGGAUUAUAUAGAAACAUUUAUUUAGUCAAUGUGAUGGAUCUAUCCUGCAACAGAUUGACAGGGACGAUCCCUGUCCAAAUGACACAACUGGAUUUAAUGCAAGCUCUGAACUUGUCCAACAACCGCCUCACAGGUCAAAUUCCAGCAACCUUUGGAAACAUGAGGCUCUUAGAAGCAUUAGAUCUUUCCCAAAACAAUCUCUUGGGUAAACUACCCCGGGAACUAUCGGCUCUUGCAUUUCUGGCGGCUUUUGAUGUUUCUUUCAACAAUCUAUCAGGCAGGAUACCAUUGGGACCUCAACUCAGCGCCUUUAGUAGUGAAUCUUACAUGGGAAAUUCUGGCCUUUGUGGCAUUCCACUGACUAACAACUGUGAUGAGGUUUUAGAGAAGUCAUCCCCACCUUCUGGCAUUUGUGGCCUACCACUGGAGAAGGAAUGUGAUAAAGUUCUUGAGAAGUCAUCCUGUUUCUUCCCAAAUAAGGCCACCUCAUAUACUCUACUUCUACUGUAUUUAUGUGCGAUUUCUCUUCUUUUUUCAGAUUAAAUGUGUAAGUCUGACUUUCAGAUCUAUUUUUUUGCCUUUCCCCUUACCAAUUCUCCUUGUCGCAGAAAGCGGUGCAGGUUUAUGAAAGAAAGGAUCGUGUAAGCUUGAACUCGUUUAGAGUAAAAAAAGCAAUGUCACAACAUGGGUGUUUUUUUUUUCUCUUUUUUUGAUAAAUUGUGUAGUGUCAU